GUCUCCGUCGUCUCUCGCAAAUCAACUACGCGCAAGCUACCUGGAGGAGUUGCACAAUUAAAGACCGAUUACAGCCGCGACUCCCUCGUUGCUGUUCACAGUGGUCAAGAUGUCGUCAUCUCGACUAUUGCGUGGCGCGCCUUCAUGCACCAAAUUCGACUUGUCGAUGCAGUGAUCAAGGUUGGAGUCAAGCGUUUUAUCCCUUCUGAGUUUUGGUCCAACACCAGCAAUGAGGUCGGCCUCAGCCUGGUCUUCUACUGCGACCAGAAAAACAAGGUCCGGCAGCAAUUUGGACAACAAAAAAGAUCAAAUCGAAUGGACAGGGAUCUUCAACAGGCUUUUUCUUUGA